AUGUUAUCAUCAAGUGGCAGAUGGAAAGAGGUGCUCUCCCAUUACAAUGAAAUAAAAAAUAUGGAAGUUCAACCGACGGAUCAUACAAUAUUCUCUCACAUUCUGAAGGCUUGUUCAGCUCUGUCAUUUGGACUGGGAAGAUCUGUCCAUGCAUCCUUGAUUAAGCAGGGAUUUGAAUCAUUUACUUCUGUGGGAAAUUCAGUGAUAGACUUUUAUGCAAAAUCUGGAGCAUUGGGAUCUGCAGUGGGUGUUCUGAAUUGCAUGAAGACAAAGGAUUCCGUUUCAUGGAAUACAGUUCUCCACGGGCAUCUUGAUCAAGGUGCGUUUGAGGAAGGAUUUAAUUUGUUCAUACAAGCACGAGUAUUUGGAUUUGAGCCAAAUGUCUCCACUCUAGUGCUCAUAAUUCAGGCACAUCACCGUCUUAGAGCUUUCCAUGAUGGCCAGAGGUUUCAUGCAUACUUGAUUCAAAGUGGGCUGUUGAGUUUAAUUUCAGUCCAAAAUGCUCUCUUGGGCAUGUACACAGACUUUAGGAUGGACUAUGCAGAAAACCUUUUUCAUGAAAUUUACGAGAAAGAUGCGAUUUCGUGGAGUGUGAUGAUUGGUGGUUAUGUCCAAUGGGAUGAUGCUAUUACUGCUCAGUUGUCUUUUAAACAGAUGGUCUCAGAUGUUGGGAUUGAAGUGGAUGGACAAACCAUGGUUAGUGUACUCAAGGGCUGUGCUACCCUAAGUGACAUACGUGUGGGAAAAUUGAUUCAUGGAUUUUCGGUUGUGAGAGGUUUGGAUUAUGAUUUGUUUGUGGCAAACAGUCUGGUUGAUCUCUAUUGCAAGUGUGGGGACACUGACUCUGCUGUUAUGGCAUUCAGGGGAAUUCCUUACAAGAACAGAGUAUCGUGGAAUUCUCUGCUAUCUGGAUUUGUUCAUAACAGGAAGCAUGCAGAAGCAUUGGCAUUGUUUUCUUUAAUGAGUCAGUCGGGAGUUACUGCUGACGAGGUCACUUUAGUGAACCUACUUGCAACUUGCAAGGUCUCGAGAAAACUGCAUCAGUGCAAGUCGAUUCACUGUAGAGUAAUUCGUGGAUAUUCCCAGUCGAAUGAUUUGGUCGUGAAUUCAUUAAUCGACGCAUACGCCAAAUGCACGCAGAUCAAUCUUUCUUGGAGACUAUUCUGCCAAAUCAAAAGACCGGAUAUCGUGACGUGGAGUACGAUGAUAUCGGGUUUAACCAACUGCGGCUUGCCUGACGAAGCAAUCCUUCUUUAUUGUGAUAUGCGGCUUUCGCAACAGAAUCCAAAUCCCGUAACAAUUUUAAACCUCAUCGAGGCCUGCUCGCUAUCUGCCGAAAUCAAAAGAUCCAAGUGCGCCCAUGCCAUUGCAAUUCGGAUGGGGCUGAUGGGCGAUGCUGUUGUUGGUACUGCAAUACUCCAUAUGUAUGCGAAAUGCGGGGCUAUAGAAGCUUCUAGAAAGGCCUUCAAUCAGAUCUCGACAAAAAACGUCGUCUCAUGGAGUGCGAUAAUUGCUGCAUACGGCCUGAAUGGAUUUCCCCGCGAAGCUUUGGCUUUACUCUCCGAAAUGGAAACUCGUGGUUUGACGCCAAAUCCUGUUACAAUUCUCUCGAUUUUAUCUGCAUGCUGCCAUGGAGGUUUGGUGGAGGAAGGGCUUUGUGUUUUCAAAGAGCUGGCUAGCAAGAAUGGAGAUGAACUGAAGUUAGAACACUACUCGUGCGUGGUUGAUCUGUUGGCUAGAGCUGGGAAACUUGAUGAUGCAAUGGAACUGAUUAAGUCUGUCCCUGUUGGCAUGAAGCCUGGUGCAAGUGCUUGGGGUGCACUUUUGAGUGCUUGUAAAAACUAUGAGGUUGGGAAACUCGUUGGGGAUGCUUUUUCUCAUGUUCUUGAAUUGGAGCCGUCGAGCUCGGCUGGUUAUUUACUUGCAUCAACUGCGUAUGCUGCCAGAGGUUCGUGGGAAGAUGCUUCUGGAAUUAGAUGUUUGAUGAAUGAAAGGGGCGUGAAAGUGGUAGCCGGUUACAGUUUAGUUCAUAUGGCCGGAAGUUUUUCACUCCAGAGACCUGCUGAAGGGAUUCCUUAGUUCGACUUAGCUCUGGCUUUAAACCUCUGAGGGUCCGACCUGUACAUUAACUGGCAAGGUACACGGCAUUUUACAUUGUAAUGAAACCUCUCAAAAACUUACUCCCACAAAUGCAUUGUCGACACGUCAUGCACUUCGUUUUAAAGCUUUACGGCAUCGUGUGCUAAUUUGACGUACUACUUUUGUCAAAAAGUAAUGAAAUUCUGAACAAUGAAAAUGGAUGUGGUUUUGAAAGCAACUUCCGUGACAAUUUCCUAGUAUGUAUCUCGUUUUAAAUAUUUUCCUGUGAAAGAACAGGU